GCCCGGGCAACUCGACCACCAGAGGGCUGGUGCACUGGCACUCGAGUGGCUGGUCACGCCGCAAUCAGAAGUGUACGACAACUACACAGUGCAGCCUGGAAGUAGAGUUCACCACACUGCAUAUCUGGUAGUUGUGGUCAAGCCCCGGUUGCGGCCAGGGAGACCGAGGACAGCGGAGAGCGGACAGCUGAUCCCUCCUGGCCCCCGACGGCUACUGCUGCUAGCAUCUGUGGUUUCUGUUUUGGUAGGCUCUAUAUGGCGCUUCUCCCACAUCAGAGUGGUGCUAGUAUCUGCUAGUCGCAGGUCGGACGUGUCAAGUUCCAAGUCAUGUGCAACGCUGCCUGGUGUGGCAGUGACCUGGUCUACUGACUGCGACCGCUGCUACUGACACACGCCAUCCCACCCGCAUGCUUCAUCAUCUCGGCUUCCGCCUUGCCUUAUCGUCCAUACAUCCAUCUCAUCUAUCUCACCCUCCUUCCUUCUCUUCUCAUCUCCUCCUCCCAUCCAUCUUCAUCCCCCUUUCUGUUCCAUCUCCUGCAUAGCACUGCUUGACCCUUCCAAGCAGCGCUUUCACCUUCUUACCAGCGGUGCCAUCGUCUCUGUUGAGCCUCCGCUGUCGUCAUCAUGAAGGGCCUCUUUGGGCUAUCACUCCUCCCCCUACUGGCGGCCGGUUCGCCCAUCAUCAAUGUCGAUACCAUCCACAACGAUGCUGCUCCGGUCAUCUCCUCUUCUAACGCGAAGGAGAUUCCAAACUCCUACAUGGUUGUCUUCAAGAAGCAUGUCACGGAGCGUGAUGCCACGGUGCACCAUAACUGGGUUCAGGACAUUCACCUGACUCGGGAGGGCACCAAGCAAGAGCUGCGGAAGCGUAGCCAGUCUACACUGUCGGGUGAUGAGACCAUCUUCGAGGGGUUGAGACAUACGUAUAACAUCCCUGGAGGAUUGUUGGGCUAUGCCGGUCAUUUCGAUGAGGAUGUCAUCGAGCUUGUCCGCAGGCACCCAGAUGUUGAAUACAUCGAACGUGACUCGGAAGUCCACACCAUGAAAGAGUCCCCGUCCCUCGAGAAGAAUGCCCCAUGGGGCCUGGCUCGUAUCUCCCACAGGGAUUCCCUGAGCUUCGGAAACUUCAACAAAUACCUCUACUCGGCCGAUGGCGGCGAGGGUGUUGAUGCCUAUGUUAUUGACACUGGCACCAAUACUGAGCAUGUCGACUUCGAAGGCCGUGCGAGCUGGGGCAAGACUAUCCCAGCCGGCGACGAGGAUGUUGAUGGUAACGGUCACGGCACACACUGCUCCGGCACUAUUGCUGGUAAGAAGUUCGGCGUUGCCAAGAAGGCCAAUGUCUAUGCUGUGAAGGUCUUGAGAUCCAAUGGUUCUGGCACCAUGUCCGACGUCGUCAAAGGCGUUGAAUGGGCCGCCAAUGCGCACAGUGAGGCAGUCAGGGCUGCAAAGAAGGGCAAGAAGAAGGGCUUCAAGGGCAGCGUUGCCAACAUGAGCUUGGGUGGUGGCAAGUCUAGAGUGCUUGAUCUUGCAGUCAACGCAGCUGUUGACGCAGGUCUUCACUUUGCCGUCGCCGCUGGCAAUGACAACGCCGACUCUUGCAACUACUCUCCUGCCGCCGCCGAGAAGGCCAUCACUGUCGGUGCAUCCACCUUGGCCGAUGAGCGUGCCUACUUCUCCAACUACGGCACUUGCAAUGACAUCUUUGCCCCAGGUCUCAAUGUCCUGUCUACCUGGAUCGGCAGCAAGUAUGCUACCAACACCAUCUCGGGGACUUCGAUGGCCUCUCCUCACAUCUGUGGUCUCCUGGCCUACUUCUUGUCUCUCCAGCCUGCCAGCGACUCCGCCUAUGCUGUGGCUGAAAUCACUCCAAAACAAAUGAAGGCCAACAUGAUUGCCAUCGCCACUCAGGGCGCCCUUACCGACGUCCCGAGCGACACUGCCAACCUGCUCGCCUGGAACGGUGGCGGCAAGUCCAACUACACCGAGAUUCUUGAUGACGGUGGUUACACUGUCAACCACAGCUUUUCGGCAGGCUCCUAUCUUAGUGAGAAGGCAUCUGAGCUCAAGUCCGAGCUGAAGCAGAUUGCCGCUGAGCUUGAGGCUCUCAUUGAGAAGUCCUGAACAGACUGAGAACGCGGUAUAGCGCGCAUACCUGCAACAUGCAACAUGGCGGUCUGUGCGACACUGGUGAGGGUUCUCCGACCUCGGGAUGGGGCGCGAUAAGGCAUGCAGGGACUGAUAAAGGGACCUGUCCCUGAGGUGGUUUGACCCGCCGGGUGUGGGGGGUGGUUGGUAGUGGGCAAAUGAGUGUUGGCUGUGGAGGAGGGGCGUCGCUAUCUGGAGUCCGACCUUUCUCUGGUCUUAGGCCACACUACUAGUGGUAGCAUUACAUGGCAUCGUAUCAAUCCUCGUGGACUUUAACAGGACAUCAUCAGUAGAUGGACCUUCUCACCAGCGGCUCUGUGCCACAUGUGAUGCUGACUUCGAUGGUAGUAAUGGAGCCCCGUCUCGUGGUCCUGGGCGGUGUCUUGGGGUCGGACGGAGAGAGGAGCCUGAGCUGAGGGGUAAAGCCGACAGGAUCGGCAGACGUCUCAGACUCGGAUACUAUUGUAGUAGGACUGUAUCUCCAGCUUGGACGGCGAGCCAUCUCUGGGACAAGCACACAACUUCCUCUUCCGGCGACAGCUCGCCACCAGGAUGAGAUGACGAGAUACGAGCACGUUAUGCGUACACUGCCAGUAGUGAGUGUUGAUUGUUGGCUACCUGGGUAGUAGGUACUACUGCGAAUCAUGAUACAGAUAACAAAGGUACAUGUACCAGGUAGUUUGGCAAUUCGGCAGUACGUACUAUCAAGAUAGGACAAUACAAGCAUAACAGGUAGGCUGCAGUGUGCUGCUUAUUUAGUCAAAGCGGUCGAUAUUAUAGUUAUAGACGCAUGUGAAAUGGCCUAACCCGGGAAUAAAGCGUAACACUGUACCUACAUAAACG